GUUUUAGCAUUGAAGAUGCAGUAAGUAAUAACUAUAAAAACCUUUAUAUGUUUCAUUGGAAUAAAAAAGGGUAAAGCUAUAAGCAAGACAAAAAAGAAUCCAGUGAGUAGGCUACUCUCCAGCGCAUAUAAAGCAGAAGGAUCAGAGGAUCAAUUUUAUACAGAAGAAGAUGCUGUUGAUGAUGGAAGAUUUGUUGUCUAAACUAGGCCCUUCCCUUGCAACACUCAUGUUCAUCUGUACCUUAUACCAUAACUAUUUCCCUGAUCAACUUCGAUCAUACAUAGUCUAUCCUUUUCACAGAAUUUACAGUUUUUUCUACCCAUACGUUCACAUCAUCUUCCAUGAGUUUGAAGCAGAGGACUUCUUUGACAGGAGCCAAGUGUUCCUCGCUAUCGAGAGGUACCUCGGCCAGAACUCCACCUGGAAUGCUAAUCACCUCAUCGCGAAAGCCGCCAAAGACACCACUCAGCAGGUGGUGCUCACCAUGGGCAACGGCGAGGUGGUGACAGAUGUUUACAUAAAUAAUGGGAAGGGUGAUAAGGAGGUGAAGGUAUGGUGGAGUUCCAACCAAAUAUCUCCCAGCACCCAGACCAUCACUUACUUCCCUAGGGAGGAAGAGAAGAGAUUUUUCUCGCUUAAGUUUCACAAAAAGAACCGAGAGAUCAUCACAAAAUCCUAUCUCAAGCAUGUGCUAGAAGAGGGGAAAGCAAUUGCUGUCAAUGACAGGAAGCUUAAGCUGUACACGAACAACAAGAGUGACGACUGGCGUGGGUGGAACGGCAGCAAAUGGAGCCAUGUCAUCUUCAAGCAUCCUUCCAACUUCACCACACUAGCUAUGGAACCAAGCCGGAAACAAGAGAUUAAAGAUGAGCUUCUCAAUUUUAAGGACUCAAAGGAGUUUUAUGCUAAGAUAGGCAAGGCGUGGAAGCGCGGAUAUCUCCUACAUGGUCCACCCGGGACAGGAAAGUCCAGCAUGGUUGCCGCUAUGGCCAAUCUUCUGCAGUACGACGUGUAUGAUCUCGAGUUGACGGCCGUAAAGGAUAACAAUGAGCUAAGGAGACUCUUGAUAGACACUUCAGGUAAGUCCAUCAUAGUCAUUGAAGAUAUCGAUUGCUCUCUUGACCUAACAGGUCAGAGGAAGAAGGAGAAAGAUGAGGAUGCAUCAUCAAAAAAAGAGAAAGAUCCCAUCAAGAAGGAGUUGAUCAAGGAAGAAGAGAAAAAAGGGAGUGAGGUGACUCUAUCCGGGCUUCUCAAUGUCAUUGAUGGUCUCUGGUCAGCUAUUGGAGAAGAAAAAAUCAUCAUUUUCACUACAAAUCACAUUGAAAAACUUGAUCCUGCUCUGAUUAGGAGAGGGAGAAUGGACAGCCAUAUUGAGAUGUCUUAUUGCUGUUUUGAAGCUUUCAAGGUAUUAGCAAAGAACUAUCUCGAUAUUGAUACAGAAAAGGAUACCCAACCUCACCCUCUAUUUCCAGAAAUCAAGCGUUUGCUAGGAGAAACCAAAGUGGCGCCAGCUGAUGUUGCUGAGAACAUGAUGCCCAAAUCUGCUGGAGAGAAAAUUGACAAUUGUCUGGAGAGACUGGUUAAAUCUCUAAAAGAAGCUGCAAAUGAAGAUUUGAAGAAGAAGAAAGCCGAGGAAGAUAAGAGAAUCGCGGUUGCCAAGGAAGCCAAGGAAGAGGAAGACAUAGAGAAGAAACAGGAAGCUGAAGGCAGCAAGAAAGCAGAGAGCUUGGCUAAAGAAAAUGGGCAUAUGAAGAAAACAGAUGCAUUGGUUCUAGAAAACGGAAAUGCAGGUGAGGGCUGAUGAUAUUUGAAAGAAGAAUUUUCACCUUUAGCUUGGCUUAGUGGUUCUUAGUAUUUGCAAUAUUAGCUCUUGUAUAAUACUACCUAUUAAUGGAUGAAGGACCGGGAUACAUGCAGGGGGAGUUUUAUGGUAUAAUAAAAUUCUCUCAAGUCUCAAAUCUACCCAAUUGAAUAAGUGAUGGUGAGCUAAUUUUGGGGUAAAUUUGAGAUAGUUGUAGUGUUUUUAUGUUUACUAGAACCCCAGGUCUAACCAUCUCCGGGGGCCUCUAAUAUUAUCCAUCUAUAAACGUAUUCUUAAAGAUUAUGGACCUACUUUACAUUAUU